UCAGACAGAAAUCAGCGAACUGCUAGUGAUCCAGAGGACCAAGUAGAGUUCAUAGAAGUGGCCCCAGUUGGUGUCCUGCCGUUCUUCAAGCUACUGUAGCACACAGAAGUGUGGAGACUAUACAUCUCUAGCAGGAUAUAGUUUAUCAUGCAAUCUGCUGAAUCCCUGUUGUGCCCUGUGAACCAAUCGUAAUGGAGAUGCCAGAAAAGCUCGAGAGCUUUCAGAGCUAGCUGGUGUAAAGCUAGAUCAAUUCCAGAGGGAUGAGUGCAUCAGAGAAACUGGCUCCUCGAAUUCUGGGCCCUGUGAAGGGAUGUCUGCAGACAGAGGGGAGAGUGCAUCAGAGAAACUGGCUCCUCGAAUUCUGGGCCCUGUGAAGGGAUGUCUGCAGACAGAGGGCCUGGAAUUGUGUCGCCGUUUAAACGAGUAUUCCUAAAAGGUGAAAAGAGUAGAGAUAAGAAAGCCCAUGAGAAGGUGACAGAGAGGCGCCCUCUGCACACUGUGGUGCUGUCCUUGCCCGAGCGCGUCGAGCCGGACAGACUGCUGAGCGACUAUAUUGAGAAGGAGGUGAAGUAUUUAGGUCAGUUAACAUCCAUACCCGGCUACCUGAACCCCUCCAGUAGGACGGAAAUCCUGCACUUCAUAGACAAGGCAAAGCGGUCCCACCAACUUCCUGGACACCUGACCCAGGAGCACGAUGCUGUGCUCAGCCUGUCUGCCUACAAUGUCAAGCUGGCCUGGAGGGAUGGGGAGGACAUUAUCCUCAGGGUGCCCAUCCACGACAUCGCUGCUGUCUCCUAUGUCCGAGAUGACGCUGCACACCUGGUGGUCCUGAAGACAGCCCAGGACCCAGGCAUCUCUCCCAGCCAAAGUCUGUGUGCAGAAAGUUCUAGAGGCCUCAGCGCAGGUUCCUUGUCAGAAAGUGCAGUGGGGCCAGUAGAGGCAUGUUGCCUGGUCAUCAUGGCCACAGAGAGCAAGGUCGCCGCGGAAGAGCUGUGCUCCCUGCUCAGUCAGGUCUUCCAGAUUGUUUACACGGAGUCUACCAUCGACUUUCUGGACCGAGCAAUAUUUGAUGGGGCCUCCACACCCACCCACCACCAGUCACUGCACAGCGAUGACUCUUCCACGAAAGUGGACAUGAAGGACACUUACGAUGCUGAAGCCAGCACCUUCUGCUUCCCUGACCCUGGGGAUGUGGGAGGCCUGCCGCCCUUGCCCUUCUGCAUGCAGGCAUCACCCCAUAGCAAGACUAUCAGCGAGAGUGAGCUGAGCACCAGUGCCACGGAACUGCUGCAGGACUACAUGCUCACGGUAGGCAGCCGGCUCCAUCACCUACCCGGUUUUGCUAUGUGGUCUGUGGGGGUGGGAGUCUGGGGGCCCCAGUUGGUGCUGGGCUAUUGGGCCUGGACCAUGCUGGUAGUGAUUACGAGCAACAACAGCUCCAUCAGUGCCUAGGCCUUAGGCCUCCGUGCAUCCUGAAUUUGUCUUUGAAAAGUCAACCCUUCUAGAUCUGUUUACCCCCAGGUCAUGUAUGUAACCUUGCUGCUCCAUGCAGAGCUGGCUUCCUCCCCUUCAAGCCCUUACUGAGGACCCUUUUA